AUGGCUGAAGAAAAGUUUGAUCCCAUACUAUUCUCAAUGGCGCAGCAGAUGCCAGGCGGUGUUCCGGACCUUCUUGAUGUCCUCUUUGGCUUCCUUGCCAGGAAAACCGACUUCUAUUCCGGUGCUGGUGUUGAUGAAGCUCGAAGUCUACUUUUAAAGUAUUUCGAGAAGCACGGAAAGGAGGCUAUUGAAAAAGCUGCCGAAAUCAAAAGAUUGAAAGAAGAGCAAGAGCGUAAAUUAGCUGCAAAACGAGCUGCUCAGAAGGCAAAGGAGGAAGAAGAGUUUAAGGCUCAAGCAAGCGGUGGUAGCAAGAUUGAAGAAAUUUCUGAUGCCGAAGCAGCCGAGUUUGAAAAGAAACACGGCGAGAAGCAUGUCGUAUCUGAACCAGAGAAAACAGAAACAAAAAAUACCGACGAAGAUAAGCCCACAGAAGACGAGGAUGAAGAGGACAAAAAUAAACUCCGCCCUAAUAGUGGUAAUGGUGCAGAUUUGGAGCACUACCAAUGGACUCAAACGUUGCAAGAAAUCGAGGUGCGAAUUCCAUUCAAAGUUGGAUUCCCUCUCAAAUCAAGGGAUGUUGAUGUUAGCGUAGAAAAGUCUCAUUUGCGUGUGGGUCUGAAGGGUCAUUCUCCCAUCAUUGAUGGACCUCUGUUCAAUGAGGUCGAAAAGAUGAUGUAUGAUCAGCGACAAAAAGAACUUGGACUACCGACCAGUGAAGAAAAGAAAAAACAAGAUAUUCUUAAGAAGUUUAUGGAGCAGCAUCCUGAAAUGGACUUCUCUCAAGCGAAAUUUAGUUGA